AUGGCAGCCGCUGAAAGCACUAGCUUGUCACCAAGUCAGUCAGAAGAACCGCUUAAACUAUCAGAUUUAUUAGAUCGGGGAUGGAAACUAUAUGGGGAGGUGGACACCACAAAUGAUCACAUCGCAGCUACCCAUAUCCAGGUUAAAAUCAAGCGUGGGAUAACGCAACUGGAAGAGGCAACGCGGAUGGUUGCCCAGCUCGACUUGUUCAGGUAGCUAACGUUAGCUAGAUAUAGAUCGCUAGCUACUCAAGCUAUGAUGACUAGCCAGAUAUCCCGGUAGCUAGUUACUGUCAUGUAUUGGGCAUGAUUAUGUAUAAAAUUGUAUAGUCAGCUUGAUAACGAAUAGAUUCCACCUUAAAGUUGCUUGACAGUUUAGCUAACUAGAUACUUUUGCUGGGCUAGGCUAAAUCGUAAACAAUCUAGGUAGCUAGCUAACGUUAGCUAAGCUAAGGCCAUACAAUGAAGGUGAUGCUGCAUGUUCAUUCUUGUUCAUUCUUCAUGUUUGUUUUUUAGCCGAAAUGAAGAGUUGGAGGAGGUGGCAACCACAGAUCUGAAAUAUCUGAUGUUGCCUGCCCUCCUGGGGGCUCUUACUAUGAAGCAAGUGAACCUGGCAAAACGAUUAGAGCAGGUUCAGAUAGCUAGAUGUUACUUUUUGGACUUCUUGAAAAGAUGUAAGGAGUAUAACAUAUCAAAGUUUGAACUACCCAACACCAAUGAAAACUCUGCUGGCACACUGGAAGAAGAGUCAGCAAAUGGGCCCCCCAAACCUCCGGACUUGAUUGCGAUGGCGACAGUAAGAGCUGCAAAGAUAGAAAGGUAUCAGAAACAUCUGCUUUUCAAAAAGCAUUGUUUUGAUUCAGGACUGCACAAGUAAUAUUUAGGCCUAUGCUUGAAGGUCUAGUACCUGUCACGCACCUCUUAAAAUAUGUUAUGUCCCUCAGCUAUUUAACAAAUUAAACAUCUGUCUUGUUCAUUUUAUAAUGGCAAUUCAUCUGCACCCAAAUUGUUCUGAUGACUCUUAUUUAUUGUGCUAUACUCUGCAGAUACAACCAGAGGAAGGACACUGAGGCCAAGCUAUCAGAGAUCAAGGCAGCAGUGGACAGUGGGCAGGCAGACGACGAGAUAGUUAGAGACUUCUACCUCCUCAACUUGAGGAAAUGGAUUUCUGUAUCCCUGGAGGAGAUUGAGAGCAUUGAUCAGGAAAUGGAGAUUUUGACCAGGAUGGAUGUUCUACAACAGGUACAUGGAUUUGAAGAUGUAACUAAUCUCAUUCACCAAUGACUAAUUGAAAGAGUAUUGUUUUCUGAUGCUCUUUAUAUGUUCCAUGUGCAGAGUUCAGCAGAGCCAUCACAAUCUAAAAGGCCUCCCAUGAAACCCUUCAUUCUCACCAAAGAUGCUGUUCAGGCUCGGUAGGCACCUGCUCAAACUUAUCAUUUAUUUUCUCAUUCAGCAAAUAUUUAUGUAAAAUAUUUAGCUGUUUUCCUGCUCACAAAAUAAGUACUAUGUCCAACCUCCCUUAUGAAGAUUACAUAGCUACUUGCUUAUUAUAUGACAUGAAGUAAAUAGUUGAUGAAUGUGUAAAAAUGUGUAAUUUUUCAUUUCAGAGUGUUUGGGGCAGGCUAUCCCAGCCUACCUACUAUGUCCGUGGAUGAGUGGUAUGAGCAGCACAGGAAGAAAAAUGCCUUGCCGGACCAGGGGAUCCCUCGCAGCGCUGGUAGGGUUAACAGAGAUGUUCAUAAUCGUUUUCUAUUUACAGUUAACUGUAUGUACCUAAAUUGUUUUGAGGAAAAUUAAAACGGUCAUGAACCAUGUUUUAUUUUUCACCCUGUCUCAUUCACCAAAUGCAAUUUGUCCCCCCUUCAGAGGACGUUGAUGCAGAAGAGCGAGAACAAGAAGAGAAAGAGAAGCGGGUUGAAAAUGAUGACGAGGAGGCCUUGCAGAAAGCUAGAGACUGGGACAACUGGAAGGAUACACAUCGGAGAGGCUAUGGGAACCGUAAAAACAUGGGCUGACAACCCUCAAACACAGCAACAGCAACCGUGCCAAACCUGGUCUGCAUUCCCUCUUAAAUACAUUUAAAAAAGUUGCCAGUGUAUAUGGAAAGAUGGCCUUGAAGAAAAGGGAGGUUUAUACAAUCCCAGACAGAAACUGUUCAUAAGUGUCUGUUUAUGGUCUCUUUUUAUUUUGAUGCUGUAAAUCACGGCUUUCAUUGUGGCCAUAUCAGAGGAACAUUAUUUAGUGGUAGCCAUUAAUAUGAUCUGCAGGCUCAAUGCAAAUACACAACCAAGUAUUGACACGAAGGCCCAGUCUCUGUUGAGACAGCGCAGUGCUGUGCUUAAGAAGAUUAGUAAGUGAAUUUGAUGAUGAAUGGUUUAACAGCUGCUCCCAAACAGAGUCAUAUUUCCUGAGAGUAUCCAGCAGCACUUAAACUGUUGUGACUUGUGAAAUGCCCUAGAAAGGUGGUGGUAACACUCUACAGGUACAACAAAUUGAUAUUGUAUUUUGUCAUCCAUACUUCAUCUGAUUGGUUAUGUUAGCUCGUGCUUAUACCUGGAAGAAGCCCCAUUAUUAAAACAUGUUUCCUCUGAUCGAUGUCCAUUGUGAAACUGAAUAAUGGUUUGCUAUGCAGGUGUGAUGUUAGAGCCACUCCCUUUUCAUCUUGUUUUGCUCUUUGUUAAAGAACUGUGUGUGUGAAAGGCAAUUUGCUCUUCUCAAAAGUAUGGCUGACUCAUUUUAUUUCUUUUUGACAGACUUGGUGGAUUCCUUUGUCAGAGUUGAUAACUCUUGGUCUAUUUUUCCACAAUAGCAGGAAUUCUGUAUGGUUCCCACUGUAACAACAAAUUAUUUGAGUGUUUUGUACUUUUUCCCCAUUUUUUCUUAAAGAAGUUGCUAGUGCAUUGGAAAUAUGGAUACGAUCCAGAAUAAAUAUGAUACAGUAAGCUGCUAUGGUCAAGCAAAUUGUUAUUGACACAUUGAUAUUCACACAUACACAAAAUGUGCAUUAAUCAAAAUCAUAUAUUGAACACGACUACUAUUGCUCCCAUGUAACUUGAUAUGUGUAUUUUGGUGAAAGCAUAAAUUGUGAUCUCAAAAUGUAUUUCGGUUUCCCAGCCAAUUAAAUCAAUGUAUUGUACAUCCUCACUAAA